AUCAUCAAGAUGUCAAGUUGCUGGCCAUUUUGUAGAGAAGACGAUGAAGAUGAUGAACCUAAAGUUGUCUCCGGCCCUUGGAAUCACCGUAUGGACUCGCAAGUUACACAUUCUAAGAACACUGGUAUCAUUUGGAAUAAUUACGUGAAUCCGUGGGAGUCGUGGUUAAUGCCUGGGCUAUGUGGUCUUCUUAAAUGGCAGAAAACCGUUGUAUGUAACGGUGAAGGUGAUCAUACCAACAUUCCAUCCGAUUUAGCUGAAUUGGAUUCGGUACUUCCUGUUAAAUGUCCAAAGGGAGAUGAGUGGCAGCAAGUCCCUCCUAAAGGCAUGCGUGUAACUUGGCUAGGCCAUGCUUCUGUGCUUGUACAAUUUGAUGGUAUUAGCGUCUUAACAGAUCCAAUCUUCAGCAGUAGAGCUAGUCCUUUCUCGUUCGUUGGUCCCAAGAGGUAUCGUGAUGCUCCUUGCAAUGUUGAAGACUUGCCGAAAUUGGAUGCAGUCGUAAUCAGUCACGCGCAUUACGAUCACUUAGAUGCAAAAAGUGUUUCUGACAUUCAUGCACGAUUUGGCAAUGAUGUGAACUGGUUUGUACCGAAAGGUCUUAAAAAGUGGUUCAACGAUAAAGGAAUUAAAACGGUGGUUCAUUUAGAUUGGUGGGAUGAAGUGCCACUGCCGAAACAUGAUGAUGUUAAGUUUGUGUUCACACCAACUCAGCACUGGAGUAACCGUGCUCUGCAUGAUAGAGGCUGGUAUCUUUGGGGCAGCUGGUGCGUGUUCACACGUAAUCACAGUUUCUUUUUCGGCGGCGACACUGGAUAUUGCAAUGGCUUCAAGGAGAUUGGUGAGCGUUAUGGUCCAUUUGAUUUGGCAGCCAUUCCAAUUGGAGCAUGUGAACCUAGAUGGUUCAUGAAACCACAGCAUGUUGACCAGAAAGAAGCCAUCCAAAUCCAUCAGGAUUUAAAGUGCAGAAAAUCUGUAGGGGUUCACUGGGGGACGUUUGUGCUAACGUAUGAGUAUUUUUUGGAACCAAAGGAGAAGCUCGUUGAAGAAAUGCAGAAUAAAGGUUUGGAUCCAAAAGAUUUCUUUACACUGGACCAUGGAGAGAUGGUGCUGCUCUUUUCUGAAGAAGUAUCCACUCAAGACAUUGAAGUUUAAUCAAAUUUAAUCUAUCAUCAUCUAACAAGAGGAGCUGGGUUUAGGAGAGGGGAUUUCCAGGCAUUAAUGCUGUAUGAAGGUCUAUAUCUCAAAGCGAUAUGUCAAUGGAUAGUUACAAAAUGUUUAACUCCGGUUGGAAUGUUUUUUUAUUCUGAUAAAUAAUGCCAACAAAUCUGGAUGAGGAAGAACACUAUACUAUUUUAUAAUAUGACAUUACAUGAUGAAAGUUAUUUUAUAAACCAAGCUAUUUAUAGAAACAUUGAGAAAAUUAAUUAUGAUUAAUUAUGAAUUGGUGUUGUAGGCCUUAAAACCUUUAUGCAUAGGGCCGGGUGUGUUUUAAAAGGUAGAGCUUUAAAUGCUUACUACUGUGGCGGAUCCAACGUAUUUCCCUCCCCCACACGUUUUGCCUCUAGAUUUUUUUUUAAUGUCAGUAUCAAUAUCAUGUAUUGAAAUAAGAAAAAUAGGCUCCUGAUAAGAGUGAUUAUACUGCAGAAACUAGGUUAAAAUUACUCUAAACGUAGUUCAUUAUGGGACAAGACCACAGCAUGAACUGAAAUGAACCUUAACACAUUCCAUUUUACAGAAAAAUUUCACUACCACAGCAUAGAGUGUAUCCGCGCAAGUGCAGUACACUCAAAAAUAGAAUACAAACACAAAAUAUUUCAAUAGGGCCUCUGGUCUUUUGGUAAUAUGCUACGGCGUUAUCUCUACCCACUUACUUUUCUGAAUUUGGUUCCCCCUGUUUGAAAAAUGGAUGGAUCUGCCUCUGGUCUACAUGUGUGUAAUAAUAGCAUCAGAAUUGUGUACAAUAUUAUUGUGCGAGCAUUGCUUCAGCUAGUUUAUAGAUUGAUUCAUUUUAUUGCUGCAAAAAUACUGAAAUAUAUGUUGACAUUUUUGUUGGACAAUUUUUUGCUAAAAAUAUACCAAGGAAGAUUAUAAUUAUGUAUGCAUAUUUUAUAUGUAAAAUAGAAAAAAAAAAGAAUUUUAUAAGGACAUAUUAUACAAAAAAAAAGUAUUUGUAAUACAAGUACAUAAUUUUAAAUAUAAUACUGAAAUAGUGUUAUAAAUAUUGCAAUAUAGAAUUAUAGAAUUUAAAAACAAUAGUAAGCAUUUGGAUUCAAGCUUGUAUAGAAACUUUGCAUUAUACCAAAAACAAUCUAUUAGUUAUAAGUUAUUAUCAUUUUUUUUAUUGCUAUUAUCAUGCAUAUUAUAUAAUGAAGAAGGAGUAACUCUAUUGUUGAUCGUGUACCGGAAGUUAGCUAUCAUCAGGCAUAAUGAAAUAAAAUAAGAUGUGUUAAAAAAGAACAUUAACCCAUAAGUAGCUUUGACCCCUGUAGACAAUAAUAAUUAAUUGGUUUUUACUUCAGUGAGUUAAUAGUUGAGUUCUAAUGUAAGAAGAUGCAUCUGCAUCCACACAUAGAAAAACUAUAUAUAUAAUGAUAACUAUAUAUAUAAUGAUAUAUAUAUAUAUAUAUAUAUAUAUAUAUAUAUUGAUUUUUUAUAUCUUUUAUUUUUGUAACUAUGUAUUGCUGACAAACUUGACUUUCUUGAGUAUUAUUAAAUUUAUAUUUAAUAUUUCAUAGAUAAGUGAGCCUGUUAUACAGUUCUAUAUAACAAAAUGGAAGUACCCCCUCUUUUGAUUAACAAGCGAUGAUUAUUGUAUCCAAGUAUUAACUGCGGUGUUUUCCUGAAUUAAUUAGUAUUAUUAAUACUAAAUAGUAGUAGUAUUAUUUUUAUUAGGUAUUCUCAAUUUAGCUAGCUUAUUGGGGUUAGCUAAUUUUUUAGUGCAAUGUUUAGCUUAUUUUCUGUAUGCAAAUAAUACAAUGUGCUUAAAGUAACAUGGAGUGUUGUAUGUAUUUAUCAAUGUUUUAAACUCUCAAAUAUCUUGGCAAAUUAAAUUCUUUUAUAAAUGGCUUAACUAAUGUUUUAUUGAUUUGAUUAUGUUCAUCGAUGUUCAUUUUAAAAUCACAAUCAAACCAACCUCCAAAACA